ACUUGUUUACCUAACUAUGGAUUACAAUUAUUAGCCGGCAGGGAGAGUGAAGUUAUGCUUAAUUCUUUAUGAGAUGUUUGUAUAGUGCGCGCUUCGAGUGAAAGAAAUCGCUGCACGAUCAAAUGUAUUAACGUUUUCAGCGGAAAUACCGCCAAGAUCACCGACCACCAAGGAUCAAAGUCUAAUGCAAGUAUUGAAGCGACCUCUAGCUGAUACAUUGACGUUUCUUGGGGCGUUACCCAGCAUGCAACUCUCGCUUCUGCUCAUCAUCGUGGCGCCUGUAGUCCAUAGCCUCGAUCCCACGCCGUCCAUUACCGAUGACAUCAUGUAUAAUUCACGAAUCCCUGAAGGCGUCAACUUAAAACCAUCGACUACUGCCGCAUCCUUCGCCUUUGGGUCCUCUUGGGCAGGAUGUGGCGGCAAUCUCACCAACUCCACUGGUCAGCUGACGCACCCAAACUACCCACGUGACAUGCCCAAUAUCGGCACGUGCACCUGGCAAAUCACGCUCGCUCCAGGCUCCAGGGUGGCCCUCCACUUCAGCUUCUUAAACCUCGAGCUGAGUGACGCAUGCGCAAAGGACUCUCUAGAGGUCUUGGACGCGCGGUCUAGUGUACAGACCAGGCUAAAGGAGUACUGUGGGAGCCUGGAGCGACCAGAGAGUCUGGUGACUAGCGGUAAUGAGGUGGAAGUACGCAUGCGCUCCAACUCGACACAGUCGGGCCGAGGCUUUCUCAUCACGUACUCGGAGUUUGAAGGGUGUAAUAAAACGUUGACUAGCAGCAGCGGAGUCAUCGAGUCCCCGUAUUACCCCGACAGCUAUCCGCUAAACGUGAACUGCACAUACCGCAUCCAGGUGACCGCUGGACAAUUGGUAUCACUGGCCAUAGAAUUCCUGGAUCUAGCGUACUCGUCCGCGUGUAGUGAUGAUGCGCUCGAGGUCUGGGACGGGCCAGUCGGGAACUCGGCGCUGAUUGGUCGAUACUGUGGUUACAUGAUUGGUCAAUGGGUACAGUCUAGUGGUAAUGAGCUGACUGUGCAGUUCCGGUCUGACCUGACGGAAACGAGGCGUGGUUUCAAAGUUCUCUACCGCGCGGUACAAUCAGGAUGUAACAAGACUUUAAACGCCGCUAUCGAAGGCACUAUCCUCUCCCCUAAACAAACCGGAGAAAACUGUUUCUGGGUCCUACAAGCGCCAGCUGGUCACGUGAUUUCGAUCGUGUUUGACCGGUUUUACCUGCAGCAGACGGAGGACUGUUCACGUGACCACCUCGUGAUCAAAGAAGGCGGCUCGGUGAUUGGUCGUUACUGUGGUUACCAGAAAGGGGAGCUGAUCUACUCCAAAACCGAUGAAGUGCGCUUGGAGUAUGAAUCAACAUCGGGUCUCGCGAACGCUGGUCUCCAGAUACACUACACGUCGCUGCUGUUUGAGUGCGGAGGGUAUCUGAACAGCAGUCGCGGCUCUAUCCAGUCCCCCCGCUACCCAGACAACUACCCCAACAACGUGUACUGCGCAUGGCAAAUAGAGCAGCGGCCUGGUUACGCAGUCGACCUCUUAUUCCUAACUCUCGAUCUGGAGUUUGCCGUAAAUUGCUCGCGUGACUACAUUGAAGUGUUCGACGGACCUGAUAAUAGUUCGCAGUCUCUCGGAAGGUUCUGCUCGGACAAGGAUGUCAAGCGUCACGUGGUCACAUCCGGGAAUGCCAUGCUUGUGGAGUUUGUGACGAAUGGCCGGGUAGCAAGGAGUGGCUUUGAUACAAGCUACACUCAGUACAGAGGCGAUUGUCCUCGCAAUUUUACCAACGCGUCGGGAAUUGUUGAGUCUCCGAACUAUCCUGACUUUUACCCGAAGGGUUACGACUGCUCUUGGUUGAUUUCGUACGAGCUCGGUUACCAGAUCUAUGUAACGUUUACGUACUUCGAGUUGGAUUACAGCGCACACUGCUCCGGUGAUUACCUGGAAUUCCUGGACGGCUUUGGUGUCAACGCCACGCCACGCGGCAAGUACUGCGGCUACCUGGUCACCAGGGAACAGGUGGUCUCUACCGGACACCAGAUGGCGGUCAGGUUCCACUCGGACGAGGCGGGCGGCAACAGCAGAGGAUUCGUGCUUUCCUACACAGUGGACGGUACAGCAAGAGCCCCCCCUCCACGAACGCCAAGCUUAGAAGACAUCGAGCAAGCAGUAAAAAUCACCUUGAAAGAUCUCACAGAGGAUAAGUGGAUCACAAAUAGGGAUAUCUUGUUCCGGAAGCUGAUAGCUAAUGCAACUAUUAUCUAUUGCGCCAACGAGCCUAGCAAGUGUAAGGCUGUCAGUCAACAUCGAGAACGGAAGUCAAUAGACGUCGAGGUUAACAUUACAUUCCGCCAAGUCCACCUGGUUCCUGAUUUUCCCAUUCCGGGCCAAGGUCGCAGCCUCGUUGUAGUGUUGUAUGUGUUGUAUCCUGUCGGUUUAAGCCUGGACCCAAGUAGGAAAUCCACAGCUAUCCCGCAGAGAACCCUAGUUAAAGCUGUGAACGCGUCUGUGGACUAUAUCAGCGCUGCCUUUGGUUGGGAUAUCAUCUCAAUCGAACCUUACACAUUAGAUACCAGUCCUACCCCUACCCCAUGGGCCGAGGAACGAGAGACUGGUGAAAUCGCGCUCUUAAUUGGUCUCUCCGUCGCUGGCGGUUUGCUGUUAGCUGCUUCGCUGAUAGCAAUAGUGUUGUACUCAUGGCGGAAGAAGAAUCGCGGAAAAUUCCUAGUUCACAAUUGUGUAACGCCUAUUGAGUUCGCCGACGAGAAAGUCGAGUUAAAAGCCACCGCUGCACAGAGGGCGACUUGGACGCUGUCACCUCGGCGGCGCGCAUCUACUCUUAAAGUGUGCGACUUGGAAGAUAACGACGAACACGCGCAGUAGAAUAAAAUCGACUUGGAAGAUAACGACGAACACGCGCAGUAGAAUAAAAUCGACUUGGAAGAUCACAUCGAACAUGCGCAGUAGAACAAACUUGACUUUGAAAAUAACACCGAGCAUGCGCAGUAGAACAAACUUGGCUUGGAGAAUAAAUUCACCUCUGUUCCCUAUUCUAGAAAUAACGUUUACGCGGUUAAUUUCAGAUUGUUCCUGAAUAUAAAGUCUAGGUAGUUUUAUCAUUGUGGAAUUUGUCGCUAAGCGUAUAAUAAGUGUUAUCUUGCAGUAGAAUAACUCUUGUGGUAUUACUUAUAACCCUAUCUCAAGCUACUUGUGGUAAUCAAAAGACAGCUCGGCUCGUUAGAUUAUCGCCAUAUGUUCAUAUAUGGCUGACACCCCCCCCUUUCAAAAAUGCAAGAUGUAAGAUAAGAACAAGAUGUAGAUAAUCAUAAAAUCAAUUUAAUUCACCAUAAUCAAAUGGAGUAGUACACAAGUAAUCUAAUCAAACUGAUUAUAAUGGAUAUUUUGGUAAAUUUCACAUCACAGCAUAUGCUAAAAGUAGUGUAUUCUCGAUAUUUUUAGUAAAAUGCAGACUAGGGA